GACUACGAUGUCUGAGCUCCUGACACAGUGCGGGGAUUACCAACUGUUCCGGUUGUCAAACUUCUACCGGGAGAGACUGAAACCUGCGAUUGAAGAAGGGGUUGAAGGGCUCAGCUUUAUGUUGAGAGAUGGGCAACAUUUCAGUGGACAGGAACAUGAGAAAGUCACCGAGCUCGUGGAGAAGGGAAACCGGAUAGACGGUUCCAAACUCUUCUUCAGUCUGGUUAUGGAGAAGGGAUCCCAGGCCCGGAGAGUGAUGUGGGAAUCCUUUGUGAAAAUGCGGAAUAAGUUACCAAAGUUGGACAAAAUACUGAAUGAAAUCCAGGAGCUCGGUCCUGAUCCAUAUGAAUACAUGGACAUCGGCCGAGAUUUAUGUGAUUUAUGCGCACAGCUGAAGGAUAUUCAGCAGAAACACAAGGAGACUCUUCGGGCACAAACUGAAACACUGAGAAUGAACACAAUCCUGAUGAGGGAGAAGGUGAAGGUUUUCCAGCUGGUUGAUCGAUACGCUGAGCUCACGGUCAUUUCUACUGUUCGAGAUCGGAGACUUGUGGAACAUGAACUGCUGGCAAGAGGCCGGGACCAUGAGGAAUGGAGAGAGAAGAAUCUCCGGGGAGAGCUGGAAAAAAUCCGCACUGAUCAAUUGUUCCAGAGCAGCUUUUCCCGGAGUAAAUCCAAAUUUGUGAGUUCGUCAGCAGUGGCCGGAGUCCCGGGGAUCGGAAAAACAGAAGAUUGGUGCAGAAGAUUGUUUAUGACUGGGCCACGGGGAAAAUAUACCAACACUUCCAAUUUGUCUUCAGCUUCAAAUUCCGGGACUUAA